AUGAAACCAUAUAAAGAUAAAGUUCAUCUAUCAGAAGAGGAAGUGGAAAAGUUUCUUUCAGUGGACAUUCCUUCUGACAAUGAGAGCUGUGAUUUAGAAGAUGACUUUGAAGAUUUGAACGAUGAUCUUCCUAUUUAUAUUGAGCAAGACAUCUCUGGUGUGGAUUUCAUUCUCGACCCCCAACUCAAUAAUGAAUCAUCAUGCUCUCAAUCAUCAAGUGCUCAAUCAUCAAGUGCUCAAUCAUCAAGUGCUAAAUCAUCAAGUGCUCAAUCAUCAAGUGCUCAAUCAUCAAGUCCUCAAUCAUCAAGUCCUCAACCAUCAAUAUCAAGUGAUCCAUCAUUGCCAAUUGUGAUUGAAAUCUCAACAGAAGUGAAUAAUGAUGAUCUCUACUCAAUCCCUGUAUCUACUUAUUCUUCAACAUCUUUAGCCCCUCCAAACUCUUCUCAAAGUCUUCCUGCAUUGAAAGAAAAGAAGAAAAAAAAUUACCAAACAUCAACACGCCGAAUAAAGCUGUUCAACAAAAGGAAGCUGCAUCCUUCACCAGCAUUUUCAACACCUACAUGGGACAAGGACAAUGUAAAUCUUGUACAAACAGACAGACAAUUCUCACAAGAUAACCCUACUGGAAUCAGCUCCAAAAUAAGAGAUAUAGAACAGCCAACACCUUACAAGCUGUUCAACCAACUUUUCUCAGAUGAACUUUUGGAGCAUCUAGUUUUUCAAACCAACCUGUACAUGACCCAGAAGGCACUUCAACCCAGGCCGCCCAAAAGAGCUAGAAGUGAGGCUGAAGGAGAAGAUGAUGAUGAUGAUGAGGAUGAGAAUGGCAACAAAAAAAUCACUCCAACAACAAUUGAAGAAUUAAAGUUAUUCCUUGGAAUUAAUUUAUACAUGGGUAUAAAAAAAUUACCCAGCUAUAGAGACUACUGGAGCACUCAGCCUGACCUGCACGACAACCUUGUUUCCAGUCUGAUGCCCGUGAAACGUUUCAGUCAGCUCCUGUCUCAUCUUCAUGUGAAUGAUAAUGAGAUGAUGCCAAAAAGAGGGGAUCCAGACUAUGAUAAAUUGUACAAAAUUCGGCCAAUGUUGGACAUCUUGUCAAAGACAUUUUCAGACUCUUAUAACCCUCAUGAAUGUGUUGCUGUAGAUGAAUCCAUGGUAAAAUUUAAAGGAAGAUGCUUCAUGAAACAAUUCAUGCGAGAUAAACCAAUAAAACGAGGUUAUAAAAUGUGGAUGAUGUGUGAUAGCUCAGGAUAUAAUCUCAAAUUUGAAAUCUACACAGGAAAACUGAAGGACUCAGUAGAAAUGGGAUUAGGUGAGCGUGUUGUCUCUCAAUUCUGUUCAAGUCUUGCUGGAAAAAACCAUAUUGUGGUGAUGGACAACUUUUUCACAUCGUAUCCACUUUUUUUGAGACUGAAAGAAAAUAGUAUUUCAGCUUGUGGAACGGUAAAUCAGGCAAGAAAGCAUUUACCAAAGCUCACAGAUGACAAACUUCUGAAAAGAGGUGAACUUGAUGUCGAAUUACCAUAACCCAAAUGAUACAUUAUCUGUGCAAAGAAGAGAAAAGGAUG